AAUAUGUCGAUAUGUAUAUCAGUUUUCAUAAGAAAUUAAUGUAAAAUGGAUACAAAAUUAUUUGUAAAACCUUUUGAUAUUGUAAAAAAUAUACAAUUUCAAUGGUAUUUAGUUCAAUAUAAUAAAGAUCCAAAUAAAUUUGCACGUAAAGUUAUACGUUCCGAUGAGAUUAUAUGGAAUCCCAAUUUUCAAUUACCUAUGCCAAACUAUGAAACUCAACAGAGGGAGCACGUCUUGAUACCCGAUCAAGGACAAAUAUAUUUAGGUUAUAUUAUACAUAAGGCGUCUAGUGAGCAGGAAGCCUUAGAUCGUUUAAAACGCUUACAAUAUCUUAGUUUGCAAGUGAUACAAUCGCGUGGUCUUAAUGAUAUUAUGCAAAAAAUUUAUUUCAAUCAUAAUUUUUGGAUUUUAAUAAUGUAUUCAAAUUCAUUAUCACUGUCACUGCACGUGGAAAAACAAAGUGCUUUUGGUAUUUUCCAUAAGAAUGAGGUGAUCGUUAAAAAGGAGAGUGCAAAUAAUAUUGUUGCGUAUAUACAGGAGAAUCAAGCCACACAUAAGGGUCUGGUCAUAAAGAUAACCAAUAAUUUACAGGAAUUAUUGUAUAUUAUGGAGAUUCUUAAAAAUAAUGUAGUAAACAGCUUUCAAAAUAAUAACUCUAUAUUUCUUGGCCAGAAAAGAGAGGAAACCUUUAGGAAACUACAGCAAUUGGAGCUAGUGAUGCAAAAGGAAGGUCAAUUUUUAUUACAGACUUUGCAUAAAUUGGAUGUUAGAAAAUCUCGAGUACGUCAAAGAAUCGUAUACUUAAAAACUUUAGCCAGUUUAAAUAAUAUACAAAUUACUAAUAACAAUUAAAGUAGAUUAUAUAAUAACAAAAUUAAUCGUAAUUUAAGACGCAAAUUGUAAAAACAAAAAAAGUUAUUUUGUAUUGCAAAAAAAUAUAAUAUA